UGCUAGCCACUGUACCUUCAAAACUGUCCCGGACCGGGUGGUGAUCUUUGUGAAUGUUGGUGUCAGACUACUAGUAAACUUAUGUUUCAUUUGGACCUACUGUUUUUCGGUGAAUUAAAUUUCACCUAAUUUUGUGUUAACUUUCACAGUAACAAGUUUUUCAUUUAUUUUAGUGUUUGUAUUUAAUGAAAUGAGAGUACACACCCUUUUAGCACUCUUCAUCCACAUCACUCAUCUCUCAUUUUGUACAAAUGUCAAAAUCAACUUUCGAGAGAAAGAGAAGGAAGUACUGGACCAAAUUCUGGGCCCGGGUCGGUACGAUGCAAGAAUUCGACCAUCUGGAGUAAAUGGGACAGUAGGAGGGACGGACGGGCCGACCGUAGUAUACAUCAACUUCUUUCUUCGAUCUAUCAGCAAAAUAGACGAUUAUAAAAUGGAAUACAGUGUUCAACUGACUUUUCGAGAACAGUGGCUGGAUGAGAGAUUGAAGUUCAAUGAUUUCGGAGGAAAGUUGAAAUAUUUAACACUAACAGAGGCAAACAGGGUGUGGAUGCCGGAUCUGUUUUUCUCGAACGAGAAAGAGGGCCACUUUCACAAUAUCAUCAUGCCAAAUGUUUACAUUCGCAUUUUUCCUUAUGGAUCAGUAUUAUAUAGUAUAAGAAUCUCGCUCACUCUGUCCUGUCCAAUGAAUCUCAAGUUAUACCCACUGGAUCAACAAAUCUGUUCCUUGAGGAUGGCCAGCUAUGGAUGGACAACUGAUGAUUUGGUAUUCCUGUGGAAAGAGGGCGACCCCGUACAAGUAGUGAAGAAUUUACACCUACCUAGGUUUACGUUAGAAAAGUUUUUGACUGACUAUUGUAAUAGUAAAACGAAUACAGGUGAAUAUAGUUGCUUGAAAGUAGAUUUACUAUUCAAGCGAGAGUUCAGUUACUACCUUAUCCAAAUUUACAUACCCUGCUGUAUGCUAGUUAUAGUGUCCUGGGUAUCUUUCUGGCUGGACCAAGGAGCUGUACCAGCUCGUGUAUCACUAGGUGUUACAACACUACUGACCAUGGCCACACAAACAUCUGGGAUCAACGCAUCUUUACCACCAGUGUCAUAUACAAAAGCAAUUGAUGUUUGGACAGGAGUUUGUUUGACCUUCGUAUUCGGAGCUCUGUUGGAAUUCGCCCUUGUAAAUUAUGCUUCACGAUCAGACAUGCACAGAGAAAACAUGAAGAAACAAAGGAGGCAGUGUGAACUUGAACAUGCUGCCUCAUUAGAUGCCACAUCAGAUAUGAUUGACUCAGAUGGAAACGCUACAUUCGCAAUGAAACCCCUAGUACGACAUCCCAAUGACCCAAUGAGUUUAGAGAAAGUUCGCCAGUGCGAAAUCCAUAUGCAACCCGCUCGUCCCAAUUGCUGUAAAUCCUGGUUGUCAAAGUUUCCGACGAGAUCAAAACGUAUUGAUGUGAUUUCCAGAAUUACAUUUCCACUAGUGUUUGCGUUAUUCAAUGUUAUAUAUUGGUCAACCUAUCUUUUCCGAGAAGAAGUUGAGGAAUCGUAAACUAUCAUUAACAAUUAUUAUUGUGAUUUUUUCAUAAAUGUAAAUAUACCAGUUACGAAGGACCUCAGUUUUAUUUGUUCGUUUGAUGUUGUUAUUAUAAUCCAAAGUUGCAUUAUUCCGUCUACAUUGUUACCAUUACAAACUAGAAAUCGCACAUGAUAUCGUAAUAAAUUUUCUAAUGUUAAAAUA